UAGAGCCAAACCUAUCAUUACACUGUUAGAGGAAGUCAAACUGUAUGCAAUGAGGUCAAUCGCUAGGAACAAAGUGAAGCUUAAUUCCAACACUGGUAUUCUACCACCUAUACAGCGCAGCAGAUUGGAAAAAAUAAGGAAGGAGUUAAAGAGUUGGGUCCCGAUGUGGUCUGGUGACUCUGAGUACGAGAAAUUCGAGGUUCACGGGUGGCCGACUAACAUGGUUGUUGAUCUGGGAAAGAGGCUCUGCACAUGUGGUUUUUGGCAAUUGAGUGGGAUGCCGUGUGUGCAUGCUUGUGCUGCAUUGGCAAGGGUUGGUAGAAGACUAGAUGAGUUUUGUCACCAGUGGUUGACAAUGGAGGCAUAUAAUAACACAUAUACCUUCCAUAUCAAUCCAAUUCCAGGUCAAGCCCUAUGGGAAAAGUCACCACAUAACAGACCACAAGCACCUAAAUUUAAAAAGAAACCAGGUCCACUUACGAAAAAAAGAAGAAAGGAUGCAGAUGAGGAGCCAAGUGGGGGUAAAAAGUAGAGCAAGAAGAUGAAAAGAAUCUAUCAAAAAGGUCACUGUCGUUAUUGUGGUGAAUCGGGACACACCAAGAGAAACUGCGAAAAGAGAGCUGCUGAUGAGGUGGCUGCUGCUGCUGCUGCUGCAGGGGCUGCUGCUGUCCAACCUCCAGCUGCUAAUGGUGGUGAAGCCAGCGUUGUCCCAGAAUCCCCCACCGAAAUUCAACUUGAAGCCAGUCAACCACCAUUAUCACAAAUCGAUGACUCUCAAGAGGUCUUGCCUCCUCCUGUGAGGCCACCAAAACUGCCUCCCAAAAGGAAGUCAUCCAAACAAGAAAAGGCAACUCCAGGAAGCAGCUCUCAAGCAGCAACCACCCAAACUGCUCCCACCCCACCAGCAACCACUCAGCCCACAACUCUUCCUCCGUCUCAUCCUAUGCAAGGUGCAUCACAGGGGACCGUAACAAGACUUUUUAACUUCAUGAAGUUUGUUCCGAAUCCUGGAUUCAGACCACCAGAAAACAAAAAAUGA